AGUAUUGUCUGUUUUCACUAGAACAAGUUGAAAUCAUCACAGAAGGAUAAAGUGCGUCAGUUUAUGGUCUUCACACAAUCUAGUGAAAAGACAGCAGUGAGUUGUCUGUCUCAAAAUGACUGGAAGUUAGAUGUUGCAACAGACAACUUUUUCCAAAAUCCUGAACUUUAUAUACGAGAGAGUGUUAAAGGAUCACUGGACAGAAAGAAGUUAGAACAACUAUAUAACAGAUACAAAGAUCCUCAAGAUGAAAAUAAGAUUGGUAUAGAUGGAAUACAGCAGUUCUGUGAUGACCUAGCUCUUGACCCAGCCAGCAUCACUGUACUCAUCAUCGCAUGGAAGUUCCGGGCUGCAACACAGUGUGAAUUUUCAAAGCUGGAAUUCAUGGAUGGAAUGACUGAGCUGGGAUGUGACAGCAUAGAAAAACUGAAGGCCCAGAUUCCUAAAAUGGAACAAGAAUUAAAAGAACCAGGAAGAUUUAAAGAUUUUUAUCAAUUUACUUUCAACUUUGCAAAGAACCCGGGACAGAAAGGUUUAGAUUUAGAAAUGGCCAUUGCCUACUGGAAUUUAGUACUUAAUGGAAGAUUUAAAUUUCUAGACUUGUGGAACAAAUUUUUGUUGGAACAUCAUAAAAGAUCAAUUCCUAAGGAUACUUGGAACCUUCUUCUAGACUUUAGUACAAUGAUAGCAGAUGAUAUGUCUAACUAUGAUGAGGAAGGGGCAUGGCCAGUUCUUAUUGAUGACUUUGUGGAAUUUGCACGCCCUCAAAUUGCUGGGACAAAAAGUACGACAGUGUAGCACUAAAGGACCCUUCUAGAGUGUACAUAGUCUGUACAAAUACCUGAAAUGGAAAAUUGCACAGUCAAUUUCUGCUGGCUGGACUGAACUGAAGAUCAAUCCUCACAAUAUGGCUGAGGGUUGAGACAAACCUUUAAGGAUACAUCUUGGACCAUAUCAUAUUUCAUUCUUCUACUGGUGGUUUGGGCUUUUCUUCUAGUCUGGACCACUCUUGCCCGUUAAAAUUCCAACACUGUGGAUUUCAUCAUGGAUUUAUUUUUUGUUGGUGGAUCACCCUAGUUUCAUCUCCCAUAAGUCCUAGAAGCUUUAUAAUUAAUUUGAGGUUUUUUGAUUUCACAUAAAGCACAACGCUGGUUGGUCAUCAUCAGACAACUGUUGUAUGGCAUCUGAAUUACACAGAUCAACAUCAAAACAAUUUUUAAAAGAAUCCUUAAAUAUACACUUGGGGCUAGUUGCAAAGACUGUACUGAUAGCACUUCCUGCAAGAGUGAUAUAUUUAAGUGUACUGGGUCCGAGUUUUUUCUUUUCUGGAAAAGUGCAGGUGUCGUCUGAGUCUGUGGUCACAGCAGUGCCAGCAAUGGCCAUGGAGCCCCAGGGCUGGUGACUGGGGGUCUUGGUGCCUGGCUGAGGUUUGCUGGUGGCUCAGCUGCUCUGGGGAGAGCUGGGGGGCGACACAACUCGAGCACUUCCACCCUGCCCUGGGCUGAGCUGUGUCCUCACAGAACCAGUGUUCUCUAGGUUACUCUCUAAGAA